AUGCCCGGCGAGUCCUUGAACAUGACCAGUGGCAUUGUCAAGGUCGAGCAUGCCAUUCCGCAACAACAACAACAACAACAAGCAGGACCACCGACAGGACAAUCGCAACAGCAACAGCAACAGGCGCCACGUUUCACAACGCAUCCAUCGUCAUCGGGAUCCAUUGUUAGCGAGGGACGGACCAAGAUUUUACAAUGUCAUGCGCUGGGCUCACCACAGCCCACAUAUCGUUGGCUCAAGGAUGGCAUACCCGUUGCCGAUUAUUCAUCCAGUCAAUUUUAUCGCAUUCACAACACGAAGCGCGAGGAUGCUGGCAGCUAUCAGUGCAUAGCCAGAAACGAGGCUGGCUCCAUUUUCAGCGAGAAGAGUGAAGUUGUUGUAUCCUAUAUGGGCACCUUCGAGAACCAGAACGAGGGAUACUUGACCGUGGUCAGCGGUCAUCCGGCCAUCUUCGACAUGCCAGCCAUUGAUUCGGUGCCGAAGCCGUCGGUCUCCUGGCAGGCGGAGAAUAGAACGCUCAACUAUGACAUCAAGUACGCCCUGACCCAAGCCAAUCAGCUGAUCGUGCUCAGCGCCAAUGAGCAGGAUCGUCACGCGUAUCGGGCACACGCCAUGAACACCCAACUGGGCAGGGAGGAGGCGAGCGCCCCUAUACAUCUCAAUGUGACAGGCGAUCCGUAUGUGGAGGUGGCGCCCGAGAUAAUCGUACCGCCGCAGGAUCUGAAACUGAAGCGUGGCGAGGGCGUGGCCGAACUGCAGUGCAUUGCCAAUGCACGGCCCCUACACGAGCUGGAGACCAUUUGGCUGAAGGACGGACUGCCCGUGGAAAAUGCCGGCAUUCUGCAUACGCUCAACAAUCCCUGGAACCGCACCUUGGCCCUGCUCCAGGCGAACAGCUCCCAUGCCGGCGAGUACACCUGCCAGGUGCGUUUGCGCAGCGGCGGCUAUCGGACGGUCACGGCCAGCGCCCACGUCUACAUCCUCGAGCCGCCCAUGUUCUUUACGCCCAUGCGUGCCGAGACCUUUGGCGACUUUGGUGGUCAGGUGGUGUUGCCAUGCGACGUGGUUGGCGAUCCGACGCCCCAGGUACAAUGGUUCCGCAAUGCCGAAAGCAUUGAUGCGCAGCUACAAAGUGGCGGGUACUCAGUGAAAGCCGAUAAUACGCUGAUAAUUAAAAAACUGACGCUGGAGGAUGAGGGCAUGUUCCAAUGUCUGGCGACCAACGAGGCCGGCGAGAAGUCGGCGUACACCUGGCUGCGUGUGAAAACCUCCGCCCCAAUAAUGGAGCAGCCGCCGCAGAACGUAACCGCACUGGAUGGCAAGGAUGCAACCAUAUCCUGUCGGGCCGCCGGCGCACCGAAUCCAAACAUCACCUGGAUCUACAAUGAAACUCAAUUGGUCGAGCUAUCGAGCCGUGUUCAAAUACUCGAAUCUGGCGAUUUACUCAUCUCAAGCAUUCGCGCCGCCGACGCGGGCCUCUACAUCUGUGUGCGGGCCAACGAGGCGGGCAGCGUCAAGGGCGAGGCCUAUCUGAGCGUACUGGUGCGCACACAAAUCAUUCAACCGCCGGUAGACACAACCGUGCUGCUUGGCCUAACCGCAACGCUGCAGUGCAAGGUGUCGAGCGAUCCGAGCGUGCCGUACAACAUCGACUGGUAUCGCGAGGGCCAAUCGACGCCCAUUGUCAACUCGCAGCGCGUUGGCGUCCAGGCGGAUGGCCAGCUGGAGAUACAGGCGGUGCGGGCGAGCGAUGUGGGCAGCUAUGCGUGUGUGGUGACAUCGCCCGGCGGCAAUGAGACGCGCUCGGCAAUGCUCAGUGUCAUCGAGCUGCCGUUCCCGCCCAGCAACGUGAGGGUGGAGCGCCUGCCCGAGCCGCAUCAGCGCAGCAUCAAUGUGUCCUGGACGCCGGGCUUCGAUGGCAACAGUCCAAUAGCCAAAUUUAUUAUACAGCGUCGCGAGGUCUCCGAACUGGAAAAAUUCGUAGGUCCAGUACCUGAUCCGCUCCUCAAUUGGAUCACCGAACUGACCAACGUUUCUGCCGAUCAACGUUGGAUCGUGCUGGAUAAUCUGAAAGCCGCCACCGUCUAUCAGUUUCGGGUGAGCGCCGUCAAUCGCGUCGGCGAGGGCUCACCCUCGGAGCCAAGCAACAUCGUCGAGCUGCCCCAAGAAGCUCCUUCGGGCCCGCCCGUUGGCUUUGUCGGCUCGGCCAGAUCGAUGUCGGAAAUCAUAACGCAAUGGCAGCCGCCGCUCGAGGAGCAUCGCAAUGGCCAGAUACUGGGCUACAUAUUGCGCUACCGUCUCUAUGGCUACAACAAUGUGCCUUGGUCGUAUCAGAACAUAACGAACGAGGCGCAACGCAAUUUUCUCAUACAGGAGCUGAUCACCUGGAAGGAUUAUAUAGUUCAGAUCGCUGCGUACAAUAAUAUGGGCGUGGGCGUCUACACCGAGGGCGCCAAGAUCAAGACCAAGGAGGGCGUACCCGAGGCACCGCCCACCAAUCUGCGUGUGCUCGCGCUGAACUCAACGGCUGUGCAGAUUAGCUGGACCCCACCGAAUCCCCAGCAGAUCAACGGCAUCAAUCAGGGCUACAAGAUCCAGGCGUGGCAACAGCAUCUGAUUGAGGGCGAGUAUCAGGACUUGGAGAAGCGCAUGAUCACUGUGCCGCCCAGCUUGAUCGAUCCGCUAGCCGAGCAGACGGCUACGCUGAAUGGCCUGGAUAAGUACGCCAAAUACAACAUCACCGUGCUGUGCUUUACCGAUCCCGGUGACGGUGUCAUCAGCCAGAAGGUGUCUGUCAUGACCAAAGAGGAUGUGCCCGACGAGAUAACUGCCCUGCAUUUUGACGACAUCUCCGAUCGUUCCGUAACCGUCCUUUGGGCACCGCCCCGCCAUGCCAAUGGUGUGCUCACGGGCUAUACGGUGCGCUAUCAGAUGCGCGAUCGUCCGGAGACCAUGAAGUCGAUCAAUCUCACUGCCGAGGAUACGCAGCUCACGGUCAAUCAGCUGCAGGCGACCACGCACUACUGGUUCGAGAUCUGUGCGUGGACACGCAUUGGCCGGGGCACGCCCAAGACGGCGACCAUACAGUCGGGCGUGGAGCCAGUUCUGCCGCAUGCGCCGACCAAUCUGGCACUGUCCAACAUUGAGGCGUUCUCUGUGGUGCUGCAGUUUACGCCCGGCUUCGAUGGCAACUCGAGCAUCACCAAAUGGAAAGUGGAAGCCCAGACGGCACGCAACAUGACCUGGUUCACCAUAUGCGAGAUCAGUGAUCCCGAUGCGGAGACUCUCACGGUCACCGGCCUAAUGCCCUUCACCCAGUACCGUUUGCGUCUGAGCGCCACCAAUGUGGUGGGCAGCUCGCGUCCGUCGGAGCCCACCAAGGACUUCCAGACCAUACAGGCGCGACCCAUGCACGCACCGUACAAUGUCACCGUGCGGGCCAUGAGCGCCCAACAGCUGCGCGUGCGCUGGAUACCGCUGCAGCAGACCGAGUGGUUCGGCAAUCCGCGUGGCUACAACAUCACCUACCGUCAAGUGGAGCACAAGGCGGGCACGAUACGGCACCCACCGCGCAGCACGCUCAUCGAGGAUCAUACGGCCAAUUCGCAUGUGCUCGACGGCCUGGAGGAAUGGACUCUCUAUGAGGUGCUAAUCAAUGCCUGCAACGAUGUCGGCUGCUCGCGCGCCAGCAACGCGGCGGAGGAGCGUACUCGCGAGGCGACGCCCAGCUACGGUCCGCUAGAGGUCGAGGCGAACGCGACAUCCUCAACCACGGUGGUGGUGCGCUGGGGUGAGGUGCCGCGCCAACAUCGCAACGGACAAAUCGAGGGCUACAAAGUGUUCUACGCAGCCACAGAUCGAGUCGUACCGGUGCUGCACAAGACCAUACCGAACAACAGUUCGUUCACCACCACGCUGACGGAGCUGAAGAAAUAUGUGGUCUAUCAUGUGCAAGUGCUGGCCUACACCAGAUUGGGUGACGGUGCGUUGAGUACGCCACCGAUACGUGUCCAGACCUUUGAGGAUACGCCCGGAGCACCGUCGAAUGUCAGCUUCCCGGAUGUGACAUUCUCAAUGGCGCGCAUCAUUUGGGACGUGCCCGAUGAUCCGAAUGGCGAGAUACUCGCCUACCAGGUCACCUACACUCUGAACGGCAGCGCCAAUCUGAACUAUAGUCGCGAGUUCCCGCCCUCGGAUCGCACAUUCCGUGCCACCCAGUUGCUGCCCGAGCGCUACUACAUCUUCAGUGUGACCGCCCAGACGCGCCUCGGCUGGGGCAAGACAGCCUCCGUGCUGGUGUACACCACCAACAACAGGGAUCGUCCGCAGGCGCCGUCAGUGCCGCAGGUUUCGCGCAGCCAGAUUCAGGCUCAUCAGAUCACCUUCAGCUGGACACCGGGUAGAGAUGGUUUCGCACCGUUGCGCUACUAUACGGUGCAGAUGCGCGAGAACGAGGGUCCGUGGCAGCCACUGCCGGAGCGCGUCGAUCCUUUGGUCAGCUCGUACACGGCUGUUGGACUGAAACCCUAUACCACCUACCAGUUCCGGAUUCAGGCAACCAACGAUCUGGGCCCCUCGGCGUUCAGUCGCGAGAGUAUUGUGGUGCGCACCCUGCCCGCUGCCCCCGCAGUUGGUGUCGGCGGCUUGAAGGUGGUGCCCAUUACGACGACCUCGGUGCGCGUUCACUGGAGCGCACUGGAGACGGGCAUGUGGAACGGAGAUGCAGCCACUGGCGGCUAUCGCAUAUUGUAUCAACAGCUCUCAGACUUCCCCACUGCCCUGCAGUCGACCCCGAAGACGGAUGUCAUGGGCAUCAAUGUGAACAGCGUGGUGCUCUCCGACUUGACCCAGGAUCGCAAUUAUGAAAUCGUCGUCUUGCCGUUUAACUCCCAGGGACCGGGUCCGGCUACCCCGCCAGCUGCUGUCUACGUCGGCGAGGCGGUGCCCACUGGGGAGCCGCGUGCCGUGGAUGCAGCCGCCAUAUCCAGCACUGAGGUGCGCCUGCGCUGGAAGCCACCAAAGCAGAGCAUGCAGAACGGCGACAUCUUGGGCUACAAGAUCUUCUACCUGGUCACGUAUUCACCGCAGGCACUCGAGCCCGGCCGCAAGUGGGAGGAGGAGAUCGAAGUUGUCUCGGCCACGGCCACAUCGCACAGUCUUGUUUUUCUCGACAAAUACACCGAAUACCGCAUCCAGCUGCUGGCCUUCAAUCCCGCCGGCGAUGGACCACGUUCCGCUCCCGUCACGGUCAAAACGUUGCAGGGUGUUCCCAGUGCUCCGCUCAACUUACGCUUCUCGGACAUCACCAUGCAGAGCCUGGAGGUUAGCUGGGAUCCGCCCAAGUUCCUCAAUGGCGAAAUCCUGGGCUAUCUGGUCACCUACGAGACCACCGAGGAGAAUGAGAAGUUUAGCAAGCAGGUGAAACAGAAGGUAUCGAACACCACGCUACGAGUUCAAAAUCUAGAGGAGGAGGUCACCUAUACGUUCACUGUGCGCGCCCAGACGAUUGACUACGGUCCGGCGGUUAGUGAGAAUGUGACCACCGGCCCACAGGACGGCUCACCCGUAGCACCACGCGAUCUCAUACUCAGCAAGACGCUGUCCAGCGUCGAAAUGCAUUGGAUUAAUGGGCCGUCCGGUCGUGGACCCAUACUUGGUUACCUCAUCGAGGCCAAGAAACGUGAAAAAGGAGAACCGUCGUUCAUAUACGACUCGCGCUGGACAAAGAUCGAGCAGACAAAGAAGGGUCCUAUGCAAGACUAUACCGUUAGCUAUCAUAUACUAAUGCCAUCGACCGCUUACACAUUCCGUGUGAUCGCCUAUAACCGUUACGGCAUCUCGUUUCCGGCCUACUGCAAGGACUCGAUACUGACACCAUCGAAGCUGCAUCUGGAGUAUGGCUACUUGCAGCACAAGCCCUUCUACAGGCAGACUUGGUUCAUGGUCUCGCUGGCGGCCACAUCGAUAGUCAUCAUUGUGAUGGUCAUUGCCGUGCUCUGCGUGAAGAGCAAGAGCUACAAGUACAAGCAGGAGGCACAGAAGACACUGGAGGAGUCCAUGGCCAUGUCGAUUGAUGAGCGCCAGGAGCUGGCACUGGAGCUAUAUCGUUCGCGUCACGGCGUCGGCACUGGCACCCUGAACAGCGUGGGCACCCUUCGCAGCGGCACCUUGGGCACUCUCGGCCGCAAGUCAACCAAUCGGCCACCCACUAGUGCCCAAUUGGGCAAAAGUCCCCCCAGGCCCUCGCCUGCCUCGGUGGCCUAUCACAGUGACGAGGAGAGUCUGAAGUGCUACGACGAGAAUCCCGAUGACAGCAGCGUAACCGAGAAGCCAUCCGAAGUGAGCAGCUCCGAGGCCUCGCAGCACUCGGAGAGCGAGAAUGAGAGCGUGCGCAGCGAUCCGCAUUCGUUCGUUAAUCAUUAUGCCAAUGUCAAUGACUCGCUGCGACAGUCGUGGAAGAAGACCAAGCCGGUGCGCAACUACUCCAGCUACACUGACUCCGAGCCAGAGGGCAGCGCCGUAAUGAGCCUCAAUGGCGGCCAGAUCAUCGUCAAUAACAUGGCCCGAUCGCGGGCUCCAUUGCCCGGCUUCUCGUCAUUUGUUUGACAAUCAACUGAGUUCUAAGAUCUAAGCAACAGCAGCAGCAACACCGUCAUCAGGGAGACCUUUGUGUAAGCAUGCCCCCAGAAGCGCACGGACAUCGGAGAUCGUCGUAGUUCCCCGACUGCAAGGAGACCGCAAGGAAUUUUGCUUGCCUGUGUCUGUCAGUGUGUGCGUGUGACGUGGGGCGUGUGUGAUGGGUGUUUAGCUGUUGCUUGUGCUACAUGGACAAUUCGUUGUAGUUAUAUUUUAUCUAUAUACUAUAUACGUAUAAUUUAUAGUUUCUAGUACGAGAGAUCUGAGAUUUAUACAAGCAUUUAGUUUUACAACAAUGUUCCACUGACCCAGACCCAACUAAUUUUAAUAUUAAUUU